AGUUAACAUUUAUAAGGGACAAUUGUGAAUUGUGUGAAGCUUGUGCCUUGAACCAACACAAAGAAGAAAAAAAAGAUGGAAACAAAGAAAGUUCCAGAGGUGGUACUAAAUUCAGGGAAAAAGAUGCCAAUGAUAGGCUUUGGAACAGGAACAACUCCUCCUCAACAAAUUAUGCUUGAUGCUAUUGACAUUGGCUACAGACAUUUUGAUACUGCUGCUCUUUAUGGUACUGAAGAACCUCUAGGCCAAGCUGUGUCAAAGGCUUUAGAGCUAGGCCUCGUUAAAAAUCGCGAUGAACUCUUCAUUACUUCCAAGUUAUGGUGUACUGAUGCUCAACAUGACCUUGUUCUCCCAGCUCUCAAAACCACCCUCAAAAAUCUGGGAUUGGAGUAUGUUGAUCUCUAUUUGAUUCACUGGCCAGUAAGGUUGAAACAAGAUGCUGAAAGCUUAAAAUUUAAAAAGGAGGAUAUGAUUCCCUUUGAUAUAAAAGGAACAUGGGAAGCUAUGGAAGAAUGUUAUAGAUUGGGCCUAGCAAAGUCUAUUGGUGUCAGUAACUUUGGUGUCAAAAAGCUCUCCAUACUCUUAGAAAAUGCCGAAAUCGCUCCUGCAGUUAAUCAGGUGGAGAUGAACCCAUCAUGGCAACAGGGGAAACUAAGAGAAUUCUGCAAGCAGAAAGGAAUCCAUGUGAGUGCAUGGUCACCACUAGGAGGAUACAAACUAAGUUGGGGUUCGCCUACAGUGAUGGAGAAUCCAAUUCUGCACGAAAUUGCAGAGGCUAGAAAGAAGAGUGUAGCCCAGAUAGCACUAAGAUGGAUAUACCAGCAAGGGGCAAUUCCCAUUGUGAAAAGCUUCAACAAGGAAAGGAUGAAACAAAACAUUGAAAUAUUUGAUUGGGAAUUGAACCAAGAAGAAUUAGACAAAAUCAGUCAGAUUCAUCAAAGCAGAUUUCAAAAGGCAGAAAUAUUUGUAUCUGAUAAUGGACCUUACAAAACCUUGGAAGAGCUGUGGGAUGGUGAUGUUUGAGCAAACUCUUGUUUGAAUAAAUGAUGGGAUCAUGGAAAGUGUAUGAGCUGCUGAAUAGUUAUAAGUAGUAAAAUAAUGCAAAAAGGGUUUUGCUCAAGAGAUUAAAGACAUCACAAAUAAGAUUUAAAUUGUACUCAAAUCCAAGUUCCUUAUGUAAGUGACCUUAAAUAAGAGAAAACACUAAGAAGGGUAAUCUAAAAACAUGGAUCUAAUGACUAUUCCUGGACUAGAGAAUCACAUGGCAUGCUAUCUCAAAUAACUGAUACAUUAUACUUCCUUUCAAUGUAUAAAUCAUGCUAAGGGUUAUCAAUCCCUACAAAGCAUGAAGUAUGAAAUCAUUACUUACAAUUUAAUCUUUAAAUUAAUCACGCGUAGAAGUUUAUUCUGUGUAUAAAUUCUUAUUGAUUAAUUCUACUUUAUCUCUCUUUA